GGGGCCGGGGCCGGGCGGGGGGCUGGCGGCAGCGGCGGAUGGACUCGCGGGUAUCGGAGCUGUUCGGCGGCUGCUGCCGGCCCGGAGGAGGCCCGGCCGUGGGCGGAACCCUUAAGGCUAGGGGGGCCGGCGGCAGCAGCGGCUGCGGGGGCCCGAAGGGGAAAAAGAAGAACGGAAGGAACAGAGGAGGCAAAGCCAACAACCCUCCGUACCUGCCCCCCGAGGCUGAAGAUGGAAACAUCGAAUAUAAACUGAAGCUGGUGAAUCCAUCCCAGUACCGCUUUGAGCACCUGGUGACACAGAUGAAGUGGCGGCUCCAGGAGGGCCGCGGUGAGGCUGUCUACCAGAUUGGGGUAGAGGACAAUGGGCUGCUGGUGGGGCUGGCCGAGGAGGAGAUGCGGGCAUCCCUCAAGACCCUACACCGGAUGGCAGAGAAGGUCGGGGCAGACAUCACUGUUCUCCGGGAGCGAGAAGUGGAUUAUGACAGCGACAUGCCCCGGAAGAUUACCGAGGUGCUGGUACGAAAGGUCCCUGACAACCAGCAGUUCCUAGACCUCCGUGUGGCCGUCCUGGGCAAUGUGGACUCAGGGAAGUCGACUCUGCUUGGAGUCCUGACCCAGGGAGAGCUGGACAAUGGGCGGGGCCGGGCUCGACUCAACCUUUUCCGCCACCUGCAUGAGAUUCAGUCUGGCCGAACCUCCAGCAUCAGCUUCGAGAUCCUGGGCUUUAACAGCAAGGGAGAGGUGGUGAAUUACAGUGACUCACGGACGGCAGAAGAGAUCUGUGAAAGCAGCUCCAAGAUGAUCACCUUCAUCGACCUGGCAGGCCACCACAAGUACCUACACACCACCAUCUUUGGCCUCACCUCAUACUGCCCUGACUGCGCCCUGCUCCUCGUCAGUGCUAACACUGGGAUUGCUGGCACCACAAGGGAACAUCUGGGGCUAGCCCUGGCCCUGAAAGUGCCCUUCUUCAUCGUGGUCAGCAAGGUGGACCUGUGUGCCAAGACCACAGUGGAGAGGACGGUACGACAGCUAGAGCGGGUCCUCAAGCAGCCUGGCUGCCACAAGGUCCCCAUGCUGGUCACCUCCGAGGAUGAUGCGGUCACGGCUGCCCAACAGUUUGCCCAGUCACCCAAUGUCACUCCUAUCUUCACACUGUCCAGCGUGUCUGGAGAGAGUCUGGACCUGCUCAAAGUCUUUCUGAAUAUCUUGCCACCACUUACCAACAGCAAGGAGCAGGAGGAACUCAUGCAGCAGCUGACAGAGUUUCAGGUAGAUGAAAUCUACACAGUACCAGAGGUGGGGACUGUUGUUGGAGGAACACUUUCCAGUGGGAUUUGCCGUGAGGGAGACCAGCUGGUAGUGGGCCCCACGGACGAUGGCUGCUUCCUGGAGCUGAGAGUAUGCAGCAUCCAACGCAACCGCUCUGCCUGUCGUGUGCUGCGAGCUGGUCAGGCUGCUACGUUGGCCCUCGGGGACUUUGACCGUGCACUUCUUCGAAAGGGCAUGGUGAUGGUGAGCCCCGAGAUGAAUCCCACCAUCUGCUCAGUGUUCGAGGCAGAGAUAGUUCUACUGUUCCAUGCCACCACGUUCCGGCGAGGCUUCCAGGUGACAGUACAUGUGGGCAACGUACGUCAGACAGCAGUGGUGGAAAAGAUCCAUGCCAAGGACAAGCUGCGGACAGGGGAGAAGGCAGUGGUACGUUUCCGCUUCCUGAAACACCCAGAGUACCUGAAGGUGGGCGCCAAGCUGCUGUUCCGGGAGGGUGUCACCAAGGGCAUCGGCCAUGUCACUGAUGUGCAAGCCAUUGCAGCAGGAGAGGCCCAGGCCAACAUGGGCUUCUGAACUCCUCCAGGCAGGCACAGCUCUACUGCCGUCCCCACAAUAUAUAAGGUGACUUUUGGCCAUGCUGCACCCCCUGUUGGCGGCUCUGUGUGUUAAUAGGCUAGGGAGAGACCGGUGCUCUCUGCCCCUUGCUCCCUGCCACCUUUCUGGAGAGGUGCCAAGCUUGUUGUGGCCAGGGAGGGGCAGUCCUGAGGUUCUCAAGAAGACAGGAGAAUUCAGGGCAGCGCUCAGCAGCUUUGUGUCCACCUGGUUGGCUCAUCAACCCUGGGAACUCCACGGCCUGUCUACCGGAGGGAGCCGACCACCACCACCUUGGCCCCACUGUCUGGACUGGGCAUGAUCCGCCGGUGUGGUCCCUGCACUUCAGGAAUUGUCACAACAACUGGGGGUGGUCCUCGAAAGCACUCCUUUUUGUAUACCUCUUCACAAGGCCAUGUAAGUUGCCCAUCUCUACUUGACUGUGGACAAAAGACAGCUGCUCCCGGAUCUGAAGCUGGCCCAGAGUCUGAAGAAAUGGCACAGGGGCAGUGCUCCCACCUUGUGCUGAGACAUGAGGUCUUGGCCCAGAGUCUGAAGAAAUGGCACAGGGGCAGUGCUCCCACCUUGUGCUGCGACAUGAGGUCUUGGCCCAGAGUCUGAAGAAAUGGCACAGGGGCAGUGUUCCCACCUUGUGCUGAGACAUGAGGUCUGUUCCUCAGCUUUGUCUCCCUUCCCUUCACUCAAGGGCCAUUCUCCAUUUUUCUGCUCAUAGGCCCCACAGGUGCUAUUUGUUGUGCUGGCCCAGGAGUGGGGCUGCCGAGCUGAGGCUUGGCAUACCGAAGGUCAGCUGCAUGUCAAUCAGUCUCGUCCCUUCCUCUGCAGUGAUUUGUUGGUUUUAAUGCUGGAUCAAACAGUGUUUUAGUUUCCCAGAGUAGUGACUGGGGACCUGACCCACAGCUCCCCAUCCUGCCAUCCUUUACCCCCUCCACCCUUCCUGCUCCCAUGUUAAAUCCUCCCUCUGUUGCAGGGAGCCUGGGGGAAAGGGAAAGAUGUUGCCAUAUUUCCUACACUUUAGGGCAUGGACUCCUUCCUUUCCCUUUGUUAAUGUCCUGGGUUCCCCGGACUCAGGGAUUUGUUGGUUCAGGUUUCUCUGCAUAUACAUAUAUAUAUAUAAAUAUAAAUAUAAAUAUAUACAUACAUAUAUAUAUUUAAAUACACACAUAUAUAUUGUACAGAAUAAAAAUGUUUUAUUGAA